GUUCCUGCCACCUACGGCUCGAGGCUACACGCCCCUGGUCUCGGCUCUGUUCAGAUUUAUUAACCGCCGCGCCCCUCCCCCCCCCCGCAGCGAGGGCGGGUGGAUUCCGCCGCCAGGUCACUGCCCCUCGCGCUCCCCGCCGACCCCCGCACCUCGCCGGUGACGUCAGGGACGCUGCCCCGGAAGCGCUCGCGUCUUCCCCUCCCCCCGUCUUUGUUGUAUCGCUUCCGGGCGGCGGGUCCCGCCCUUUCCGGUCUGGGCUGGCGGCGAGGUAUCUUCUCUUGCACAUCCCUGUGUGGUAACAUAUAGAAAAUAAGAUGCAGAACGACGCUGGGGAAUUUGUGGACCUGUACGUGCCUCGUAAAUGCUCUGCUAGCAACCGAAUAAUCGGUGCAAAGGACCAUGCCUCCAUUCAAAUGAAUAUUUCUGAGGUUGACAAGGUCACAGGCAGAGUCAAUGGCCAGUUCAAAACUUAUGCCAUUUGUGGAGCAAUUCGUAGGAUGGGUGAAUCUGAUGAUUCUAUUCUGCGUCUGGCAAAAAAUGAUGGGAUUGUUUCCAAGAAUUUCUAACUGAAGAGGCUCUCUGAUAUGGAACAUUUUGUUGUAAAAUAAACAGCUUAAAUGUA